CUUCAUUUUCGUGGCUGUGUUUCUAUUACUGAGCUUUACGUCUGCUGUCAAUGCCCGAUCCUAUAAACCUGCAGCAAUGUUCACACAUCUCAAUUGGGGGUUGGUUAGUCGUCACUCUAAGAGGAUAAACGCAAAACCGAACAGAAAGUAUCAAAGAAGAUGUAUAUCUCAUUACAAUAAUCAUCAGCCUUUACGAACUGCCCUUUUUUUCCCUGGCCAUGGGGUGCAGAGGGUAGGAAUGACCCGUCCUUGGAUUGAUAGGUUCCCCAGUGUCGCGGGGAAUUUUUUGGAAGAGAUGGAUUCAAUAUUAGGUUUCCGGCUAUCUCAUGUAAUCGCAGACGGGCCAAACUCAGAACUCAACAAGACAGAAAAUUCACAGCCGGCUAUAAUGGCAACGUCGGUGCUAAUACUCCGGAUACUUGAAACGGAGUUCGGCUUCGAUACGAAAAGUCGGGUGGAUGUGACCCUUGGACAUAGCUUAGGCGAGUUUUCCGCACUGGUGGCCGGUGGCUAUAUCCAUUUCAGCGAUGCCUUGAGAUUAGUUCGUCGCCGGGCUGAGAUUAUGUCGCAGUGUACGCAACAGGCCGCUGUCAGAUCCGGUGAACGGUAUGGCAUGGUUGCUCUAGUGUGUGAACCUGAACAUAUGGAUGACCUACUUUCUACAAUCCACGAGUUUCUGAGCCCUUCACUUUCUGACACGCACGACAAUUCCAGCUCGGACAAUCACAAAGAGGUCGCAGUUGCAAACAUAAACUCCAGAAAUCAGAUAGUACUCAGUGGCAGCAUUGAAAGGAUCAAGACAUUGCUCAUCCAGCUUCGUCAGUUCAGCGGCCACGACCCCCGGGCGGUGAGAUUGAAGAGCGAGAGCCCAUUUCACAGCCCUAUAAUGACUCCGGCCGCAGAGUACAUGAGAAGCGCCCUUGAAAAAAUCACUGUCAAUUUUCCUGCUGAUAUGCCGUGUGUGUCAAAUGUCUCUAAUCUUCCGUUUACUUCUGCGCAUAGACUGAAGGAGCUGUUGUCACGACAAUGUGUCGAUACGGUAAGAUGGUGGGACAGCAUCCGCUACUUGGAUCAGGAGCGGGGAGUAAAGCGCUGGAUUGGGAUUGGGCCAGGGAAAGUUGGAAGAAAUUUGGUGGGGAAAGAAGUUGGGAGGGUGAUGGCUAAGGGAGGUGGAGUUUGGGCCAUUUGCGAUCCGCGUGAUGUGAACGAAACACUUAUUGCACUGGAAGAUACGGACAAAGACAUAUAA